GAAAAUAUAUAGGCCAUUUAGGAAACUUGUGAAAUUUUUUAAUCCAACAAAGUCUAAGUCAGAGCUUAAAACAAAGAAUAGAGGCAAAAAUUUAUAACAAAUAAAGAUUUGUUGAAUUAAAUUUAUAGAAGGUUCUGAAAAGGAUAUUGAAGUAUAGUGGAGAUUAUUUAUGUUGAUUUGAUUUGUGGGCUUAUCUUGAUUUAGCAGGAACCAACGAGAUCUUGCAUUUACUGAACAUGAGAGUUUAAGUUGUCGAAAGGAAGAUAUAUCAACUUAUUGGUUCCGGUGUUCUGUCCAGCUUUGUUCUCUGUCGAAGACGAGCUUUUUUUCUUCGACCACGAUUUUGAAGUGAAAGAUGCCUUUAGUAACAUCUGCUGCAAAUUUGGGAAGCCACGAGCGUUACACAUUGAAGGAUGGUGAUAACACCUCUGAAACAUCAAUAUCCAUGUUUGGCUCGGAUGCUACGUGUACCAGUCAAUCGUCGAGUGGUGACAGUUACGGGCAGAAGUAUCUCCUUGACUCGCCUUUGGUGACCUCGAGACAGGAUAUUGGUGAAUUUGAUUAUGAAUUAGACGGUCAAAGUCUAGACAUGGCUGGCUACGACAGUGACAAGAUGAAACUAAAGCUUCAAGAACUCGAGAAGGUGCUUCUUGAUGAUAAUGCUGCCAAUGAUGAUUGCCAGAAUAUGGAAAUCGAAGGCGGGUUGUCCGACACCACGUGUUAUGCUUUAAUUCACGACUCACCGAAGGAAUCUUCGUCUUCGAAUUCCAUCCGUAGCAUCAUAAGUAGCACUAGGGAGUUAUCAUUCACAACAACUCUAACUCCAAAGAGCUUGCUUUUUGAGUGCGCUGCUGCCAUCCAGAACGGGAAUUGUCAUGAAGCGUCGCAGAUGAUAGAUGUUCUCCGGCAGAGGGUCUCGAUCCAGGGAGAGCCUUCUGAUAGAAUUGCAGCGUACAUGGUGGAGGCGCUGGUGGCUCGAAUGGCUACAUCCGGAAGGGGUCUUUACAAAGCUUUGAAAUGCAAAAGCCCUCCCUCGUCUGACAGGCUCUCUGCAAUGCAAGUCCUCUUUGAGGCGUGCCCGUGCUUUAGAUUUGGUUUCAUGGCUGCAAAUGGAGCAAUUCUGGAGACGUGUAGAGAUGAAGAGCGAGUUCACAUCAUCGACUUUGACAUCAACCAAGGGAGUCAGUAUUACACGCUGCUGAAGACACUGGCCGAGACUCGUGGUCAACGGCCUCAUGUACGAUUAACCGGUGUGGACGACCCAGAAUCAGUUCAACGUGGUGUAGGAGGACUGAAUAUAAUAGGGGAGAGGCUCGAGCAGCUUGCCAAAGACUUGCAGCUCUCGUUCGAGUUCCACGCUGUGGCUGCAGAAACUGCUUUGGUUUCCCCAUCAUUGCUCGGGUGCAGGCAAGGCGAAGCACUGGUUGUGAACUUCGCCUUUCAGCUCCACCACCUGCCUGAUGAGAGUGUGUCAACUGCAAACCUCCGGGACCAGCUGCUCCGGAUGGUUAAGAGCUUGAAACCAAAACUCGUCACCCUAGUCGAGCAGGAUGUGAACACGAACACCAGCCCGUUCUUGUUGAGAUUUGCUGAGGCAUACAAUUACUACUCUGCGGUGUUUGCAUCUCUGGAUGCUACUCUUGGAAGGAACAACCAGGACCGGAUAAACGUGGAGAAGCACUGCUUGGCACGUGAUAUCAUCAAUGUCGUUGCAUGUGAAGGAGAAGAGAGGAUAGAGAGGUAUGAAGUUGCUGGGAAAUGGAAGGCAAGGAUGAGUAUGGCCGGUUUCAACCCGCGCCCGAUUAGUGGAAAUGUGUACGUUGAGAUCCAGAAGCUGAUACGACAGUACUCGGACCGAUACAAGGUUAAAGAAGAGACGGGCUCGCUCCAUUUCGGGUGGGAGGACAAGAUGUUGAUCCUCAGCUCAGCAUGGAGGUGAUGAUUGUGGCUUCUCACUUGUGUCUUGACUCCUUAGAUGUGUGCAUGUGCCCAUAUCCAAAGAUAAACUAAUAUUUGAUGGUGUUUUGUUCUUCUUUUCAUUGUCUUUAUAGCAUCUAUGUAUUUGUUUUAUCUGUUGGUGCAGUCCAUUGGGUGCAAUAUCUAUUAUCUAUGUAUUAUUUCUUCAAGCCAACAUUUCUAAAGUCUUGUAAACUCUAGCUUACAACAAUAUAAUGACAGUGUAACACAGCCCACAACAUGAAACCAGAGUUGUAAUCAAAAUCUGCAGAUAUUUUAUA